AUGGCCUCUUCUCCAGUCCUUGAUCCCAUUUUCUUGACGAGCACUCGCCGUCGUGCUCCCACUCCUCCUCCCUCCCAACCUCCCCAGAAGCGGGCUCGCCAGUCCCCCCUCUCCGAUGCCGAAUUAUACCUUGACGAGGUCAAGGAGGAGUUUAGUAGUGCCGCGUAUAGGGCACCCAUUGGUUGCCAUGAGGAGACUGAAGUGCCUGCGGACCGUUGGGCGUCCUGGGAUUAUGCCAUGGACAUUGAGUGGAAUAGGUUUGUAACUAACAUUCAGGCUGCCGGUCUUGGGGAUGAUCUGGUCCCGGAAUUAUCCAAACCAUCUGGGCCGCGGGAUGCCCUGUUGUGCUGUCUUUGGCACUACCCGACAUAUAGCACCACGCGGCGAUUUUAUGGGCAGACACUGGAUCCAUCGAAUAGUUGCCUGGGAGUCCAGUGUGAUAAGAUACUGGAUCAUACCAAUGUUCGGACCCAGGACACAUAUCCAAUGCGGAUUGAGUAUGAUCGGAAAAGCGACACGCCGCAGUAUCAGAAAAUGUUUGGCGACACCACUGAGAAGAUCUUGGAGACAUGCGAGGGUUUCGCAUUAGAAGCGGUGAAGUCGUCCGCCUUUACGAUUUGCCUCGGAAAGCAAAACUCCAUACUCCUCAGGAGGGAACUUCAAAAAGCCGAGGGGUUAUAUCUCGAGGAAUACAGGAUCAGGAUACCGCUGUCAAUGUACCAAAGACAAGUGUCUUGCCUGGUGGCCCGGGAUCAUGGCGGGACGAUUAGAAAUGUUGUGUUUUUCAGCUACCACGGGAUGUAUUUUACCCACCUGGUUAAGUCAACCAAGGAGAUGCUGUUCUUGCACGACCUGAUCUGGAACGGUGUUUGCGAAUGGAGCCGUGUCCCGGUCGCGACGCAUCGCCACUUUUCGAAUUUUGGCAAGGAGCUCCAUAGGCUUAAUCCCUUAGAUAUCGCCAUCCAUCAUCUAGUUAUGGAGCAGCAAACGGGGACCAUUACUCCACAUGAGGAGGCAAUCGCCAUGUUGCAAACAUACCUUGAGAAGGAGGGGCUUCUGGACACGAUCCGUGGAUUAGACGAGACGCAGAGCGUUAUCAAAACAGUCCAUACAUAUAUGAGUGCCAAGGGAAAACAGGCCAUGAGUGAACCGGGCUGGAAGGAGACCAAGGGCAAAGAAGCGGCGGCCAAACGAGCAGAGACUAUCAGUGACCCGCUCUGGAAGGAGACCAAGGGGAAAGAAAGGUCGGCCAAACUCUCGCAGACCAUAAAUAACCCGCUCUACAAGGAGACCAAGGGGAAAGAAGCGGCUGCCAAAAUCUCAAAGACCAAGAGUGACCCGCUCUACAAGGCAACCAAGGGUAAAGAAACAGGGGCCAAAAUCUCACAGAUCAAGAAUGACCCGCUCUGGAAGGAGACCAAGGGUAAAGAAGCGGCGGCCAAACGAUCACAGACCAAGAGUGACCCGCUCUACAAGGCAACCAAGGGUAAAGAAACAGGGGCCAAAAUCUCACAGGCCAAGAAUGACCCGAUCUACAAGGAGACCAAGGCUAAAGAAUUGGCGGCCAAACGAGCUGAGACUUGGAGCGGGUUUUACAAUAACGCAGAGGUCCAAGCGUUUCUGAGAACGCCAAUGAAUGAGUUGAGUUGGCACGAACGUCAGAAGCAGGAGAAUAUUCAGCUGCUAGGGAAUAGUACAGAUGCUACAGAAGCGAUUGUUACGGCAAGGGCCGACGUGGCAAAAAGGUAUUCCGUGAAAGAAGGCGGGAUAACGCUUGUUAUGCCUGGUUUGAAAAUACUGAAACCUGCGGAUAAAGCUGCCCUGAUAGCAAAGGCGAAGGAGCAGGAAGCGCAGCAGCAAGAAUCAGGAGAGUGA